GCAUGGCGCACCCGCGGAUCUCGGCCCAGCUGCCCCCUGACAUCGACCCCACCAAGGCGCCCGUGGCCUUCGGCCGCCGAGGCCUCCCCAAGCUCAACGAGGAGCUGCAGCACCCCGAGUUGCUGACGCGGCAGCGGGCCCUGAUGGCGCUCUGCGACCUGGUGCACGACCCGGAGAACGUUUACCAAGCCAUCCGCCUGGGUUUUCUAGAUAACUUGAAAAAGCUGCUUCUCGAUGAAGAUAAAACUGUGCGACAAAAAACUACAGAGGUCCUAUACAUAAUGGCAACGCACAGCAUUGGCAGGACGAAUUUUGUAGAACACGGAGUCAUCCCGGCCCUGGCACAGCUUUUGGAUGAUCCUGUUGAUAUCUGUCGGUGGAACAUGCAUUAUGCGCUGAAACUACUAUCAGAAACGCCUACAGUGGCCAUUGGGAUAGUGGAGAGUGGUUUGGUUUCACCGCUGGUGCAGAAGCUGAAGACAGAGAAGGAGAACAUCCAAGAACUCAUCCUGGACACCCUAACAGGCUGCCUGCGAGUCGAAGCCUUUGAGGCCUUGGCAAGAGGAUCCGUUUCUGUCUUAAAGGAGAAGCUCCGGCAUCCCUCACAGGCCAUCAGGUGCAAGGCUGCCGAGGCCCUCAUGGCCAUCAGCGUCCCAUUGGAGGGGAAGAACAUGGUCUUCAAAGAAGACGUCUUUCCAGACCUGGUCAACCUCCUGGAAGAUGAGGAUUCAGAAGUGCGAGCCAAUGCUGCGGGGGCCCUCAUGAAUUCGGCAGUGACCACGCAAGGGAAAUAUGCCGCCAUUAAUGCAGAAGCCAUUGACUAUCUUCUGCCUCUGAUCCAUGACGAGAAGAGCAAAGUCCGCCUCUACGCCAUCAAGGCCCUGACCAUGUUGUCCGAAGCCCCAGAAGGCCGCCUGGUGCUGCUGAGGCACGUGCCGGAGUUCCGGAAGCAUCUGCGCGACUCCAGUUUGACUGUGCAGAGAGCUGCCGAGAUUGCCAUAGAGGUCAUCGAAUGGAAACCUUAGAAAGCCCUCUUAGGA